CAGCCGAAUUAUAGUGAUUGCUUUGUCGUUUGUUUGCCCGGUUGCAUGAAAAGUCUUUGUGUGUGGUGAUCGAGCGCCGAGUAGAAAAGGAAGGAAAAUCUGUCGUUGCCGCACAAAAGAACGACAGGCCUAUAGUGAACGGUGAAAGUCUGCGCACUGUGAUUCGUCUCUGAAUGUAUCGUAUCGAGUACUGACUGACUGUUGAGUAGUGACUGAGCAGGUAGCAAUUGUCACCCAUCGCGCUCAUUGCGCCCAGUCGUCACUCGACGAUAGUGCGACAACGCGUUCGUCAUUUGUCGACUUUCCGUGUGAUACGUUAAAAUAAAUAUUUCGUUUACGACAAAUGGUGCGAUAAACGAAGAGCUACUUAUGCGACCAGUGCCGGGCACUUUGAGUUGUGCCGUCGCGCGUCUGCACGCCCGGAAGUUUAGAAUGGAUAAAGUAAACAAAUUCAUUCGGCCAUUAGGAUUCAGGCGUCGAACAAGAUCUGCCAGUAGCGUUGCAUAUCCAGACAAUAAAGCUCAAAGUGAUGAUUCCAGUAGUAAUUCUAAGGAUGUAGGAGUGUCUAGUAUUUAUCAUAGUGAUUCAGAUGAUAUAAGUGGUGCUCCACAACCAAUUCGAUUUGCUUUGCUGUCAAAACAUCUAAUGCAUUUGGAAUCAGAUUCAGUCAAUGAAAACUUUACCCCGGGAAGACCAUUCACUAGGAGAAAAAGAAAAUUCAAAAAGAUGAUUGUCGAUCCAGAUGUAAAGUUUCCAUCACAAAUGACUAGUAGUUGUUCUCAAAGUAGUAGCAGUGAGAAGAGAAGAACUACACGCCACUCAGCUAGUAUGCCAAGAAACUGCGGAUCAUUAAUAUUGGCUAUUGGUAAAAGAAAGCGCAGUAAUCGAGAAAUUAUAGCUGGCCAUCAGGGUACUUCAAAUAUCAAAUCAAUGGAUAUUGAUGUUGCUAGUAGCUCAAGUAGUAUUAGUUCCUCAGAAAGUGAAGCUGGAAUUUUUACUAAUGAUGAAGGAAGAGAAGGAGAUGAUGAACAGAGUGAUUGGGUUGGUAAUGCAUGUGGAGCUGGUGGAGUAACUGAUGAUGAUGCCGAACCAAUUAAAAUUGACUGUCAAAAACUAUUAUCUGUUAAUUUACAAAAUAACACUUUAGCUGAAGGAAGAGGGCCUGGGCGUAUGCCAAUAUGGCAUAGAAAUACUUUUCUUAAGAAAAGUGAUAGAGAAAUUCGUGGAGGCUUACGCAGAGUUCGAUCAGUUAAACCUAGUUUUUCUGUUUUAACUUCAGCUAACGAUAAAGUAUCUCGUUUCUUAAGGGAUCCUGCACAGUCUGAAUUAAGACUUCAUCCAAUGCCAAAAAACGAACAAGACCAACUUUCACAUUUAGCAGAAAUGUAUUCUCUUCAUAUGCAACUCAAUGACUCACCAAAAAAAGGAGUUACUCUGACCAAAACUGACAAUACAAUUCAAGUAGACUUAGAAGCUCCAUUUUCACAUCUUAAUCCAUCAAAAGAUCACAAAAGAAAGAAAUCUGCAUCUUCUGAAUUAAGUUUAGGCUUGCAAGCAUUACAUAAUCAAGCAUGGAUACCUUUAGUUCUAGAAGACAAGCCUUGUACAUCAUCUCAGACAGAAACUUCAAAUCAGAAUAAGUGAACAUUAUUAUAUAUUUGUGCCAACUAGUAGGCCUGAAACUAAUUGAAAAUGCAGCUUCAUCACGCUUUUUUAACUAUUUAUAUAUUAUAUAUAUAAAAAAAUUAUCAUUUGUUGACAUGUAAUUUGUCUACCAAAAAAGCAUGUUAUAUAAGACUAUAAGAGUAAUAUUGAUGAUUGAAACAGUCAUAAUUAUAUAUUGACUUAUUAAUUUACCAAUCAAUUUCAGUCAUUAUUUUUAAGAGAAGUUUAUCUAUUAUAUUUAAACUCGGAGGUCGAAAUACUCUUGACACUAUUACUUUCUAAAUUCUCAGUAUUCUAAACAUUCUAUUGAACUUUUUUCAUUGUUUUAAAUGUAAAGCUUUCUAAAACUACUCUUUAAAUUUACAAUAUUAUAAUGAUUCAUUUUAACCAUUAACACCUUAUGUACACUUUUAGGUAUUAUUUUUAUGUUACUAUUCCAUGUAUUUAUAAUCAAUAAAGUUUUAUCAUAUAAUUUACAUGUUCAUAUUUAUGAACUAUUAUGUAACUUAAUGUAUCUAUGUGGUCAUAAUUUCUUAGUUUAUAAGACGUAACAUCAUGAAAUCACCAUUAAAAUAUACAUUUUAAACAAUUACA